CAUGCUUUCUCCAGCCAGGGUCCCGCAGUUCCACCUAAGCAGGUGGACGCCAAGCAACACGACUCCCACACGUACAGAUAUAAAAUGAACUACCCACACCUUGGCCAAUGCAUCAUCAUUAACAACAAGAACUUUGAUAAAAAGACAGGAAUGAAUAUCCGCAAUGGAACGGACGUGGAUGCUGGGAAUAUGAUGAAGGUGUUUAAAAUGCUGGGAUACAGCGUCAGGGUUGUCAAUGACCAGACUUGUGCACAGAUGGAGACGUGCCUGCAGUCGAUCUCCAGGGAGGACCACAGCAAGGCGGCCUCCUUCGUGUGUGUGCUGCUGAGCCACGGUGACGAGGGCGUGCUGUUCGGGACGGACGGCUGCCUGGAGAUCAAGAAGCUGGCGGGCUACUUCCGGGGGGACCGCUGCAGGACGCUGGUGGGCAAGCCCAAGCUGUUCUUCAUCCAGGCCUGCAGAGGUACCAGCCUGGAUGGGGGCAUUGAAACGGAUGCCCUUGGUGAUGAUAACAGCUCAGAGAAGCUCCCCGUGGAGGCUGACUUCCUGUAUGCGUACUCCACAGCCCCAGGUACACUUCCUGCUCUGAUCACGGUCUCUUUUAGGCGCGGUGCAGACACGGCGCCGCUCCUCACACACCGGCAAACUCCUCUUGGCCAAAACACGGCCUCUCCCUCCACGGCAGAGAUCCGCACUGUCGGGGCGUGAAGGGGGCUGUCUUGCUGUGAGCCCUGUUUCACAAGGGGGCAGUCGUUAAUAAUCACUUGUGACGGAU